UGGAGAAAAGUAAAAGCUAACUUUAUUCAGUUCACAUUGUCUUUUCACCACAAACACUGACAAAAAGACAAAAAUCUUUUUAGUCUUUGCAGAAUGCAUGUUUUGCUUCUUGUCACCGCUCUCAUGGCUUUGACCAACGCAGAUAGUGAAGAGCAGAAGUUUCGGGACUGGAAACAGAUGUUUGGUAAAAUCUAUAAGUCUGUAGAGGAGGAGUCUCAGCAUAAGAAUAAUUGGCUGAAAAAUCUCCAGCUGGUCCUGAACCACAACAAGCUGGCUGACAAUGGCAUUAAAAGCUACAGACUCGGCAUGAACUACUUUGCAGACAUGGACAACAAGGAGUACAAAGAUUCCAUGUUUAAGGGCUGGCUAUUCUUCAACAGGACCAAGAAACACAGUGCAACUACAUUCCUCCGACAGACAGGAGGAGCUGCUCUGGCAAAAACUGUGAACUGGAGGGACAAGGGCUAUGUGACUGAUGUUGAAGACCAGAAGGAGUGUGACUCUUGCUGGGCCUUUAGUGCGACAGGGGCACUAGAGGGUCAGACAUUCAAGAAGACUGGGAAACUGGUGUCACUCAGUAAGCAGCAGCUGAUAGACUGCUCUCUAAAAUUUGGGAACAAGGGCUGCAACGGUGGCUGGAUGGACUGGGCCUUUGAAUAUGUGAAAGAAAAUAAUGGACUAAACACACACGACUCCUACCACUAUGAGGCCAAGGAUGGGGCUUGCAGGUUUAAUCCAGCCACUGUUGGAGCCACCUGCACUGGCUAUGUAGAUAUAAAGAGUGAAGAUGAGAAUGCUUUGCAGGAAGCCGUGGCCACAAUUGGACCCAUUUCUGUCGCCAUAAAUGCAGGCCAGGAUUCUUUCAAGCUCUAUAAAUCAGGUGUCUAUGAUGAACAUGAGUGUAGCAGCCCUAACCUGAAUCAUGCUGUCCUAGUUGUUGGUUAUGGCACUGAUAAUGGAAAGGAUUACUGGCUGGUUAAGAACAGCUGGGGUCUUACAUGGGGUGAACAAGGCUAUAUCAAGAUGUCCAGGAACAAGGAUAACCAGUGUGGUAUUGCUACAGCAGCUAUCUAUCCUGUGGUUUCCAAUAAAACUCAACAUGUUCAGUGCGAGGCUUGCUCUACCCUCUUUGUACUGGGAUGCUUAUUGUUGGGUAUGUUUUACUCACCUGACCAGACCUGUAAUACAGCAGUAUAUAAACUCAGGAACAACGUGGCAGCUGUCCAUUCAAAGACACACACAAACAGCGUUUGCAGAAUGAGGGUUUUACUUGUCGUCAGCGCUCUCGUGGCUCUGUCCAGUGCAGCCAGUAUCUCUCUGGAGGACCUGGAGUUUCAUGCCUGGAAACUGAAGUUUGGUAAGAUCUAUAAGUCUGUAGAGGAGGAGUCUCAGCGUAAGAAUACAUGGCUGGAAAAUCGCAAGCUGGUCCUGGUACACAACAUGCUGGCUGACCAGGGCAUUAAGAGCUACAGACUCGGCAUGACCUACUUUGCGGACAUGAGUAACCAGGAGUACAGACAGUCUGCGUUUAAGGGCUGCCUGGGAUCCUUCAACAGGACCAAGAGACACAGUGCAGUUACAUUCCUCCGACAGGCAGGAGGAGCUACUUUGCCAAAAACUGUGGACUGGAGGGACAAGGGCUAUGUGACUGAUGUUAAAGACCAGAAGCAGUGUGGCUCUUGCUGGGCCUUUAGUGCGACAGGGGCACUGGAGGGUCAGACAUACAGGAAAACUGAAAAACUGGUGUCACUCAGCGAGCAGCAGCUGGUAGACUGCUCUGGAGCAUUUGGCAACCUGGGCUGUGGUGGUGGCUGGAUGGACUGGGCCUUCGAAUAUGUGAAAGAAAAUGGAGGACUGGACACAGAGGACUCCUACCCCUAUGAGGCCGAGGAUGGGGCUUGCAGAUAUAAUCCAGCCACUGUUGGAGCCACCUGCACUGGCUAUGUGGACAUACAGAGUGAAGAUGAGAACGCUUUGCAGGAAGCCGUGGCCACAAUCGGACCCAUCUCUGUCGCCAUAGAUGCAGGCCAUGAAUCCUUCCAGCUCUAUGAAUCAGGUGUCUAUGAUGAACCUGACUGUAGCAGCACUGACCUGGAUCAUGGUGUCCUGGCUGUUGGUUAUGGCUCUGAUGAUGGACAGGAUUACUGGUUGGUUAAGAACAGCUGGGGUCUUGAAUGGGGUCAUGACGGCUAUAUCAAGAUGUCAAGGAACAAGAAUAACCAGUGUGGCAUUGCCACAAAAGCCAGCUAUCCUCUGGUUUAAAGGUGGGAGAAAACCAACAUCUUCAUGACUAAUUCAAAAAGGAUGCCGCAGUCUAUACAAUAACUUCACGACUUGAUCAUCAACAGGAAUUUUUCCCAGGAAUCACAAACUUGAAUUUCUAUACACAGCACUUUCCUAAAACAAGUGUUUACACCUCAAACUAAUCUUAUUGUAAUUUUACGACAAUACAUCUUUUAUAUGGGAUUGUGGAAAAUAUGGGAUAAAUGCAAAAAAUAAAUGUGAAUUUAACAAAAAUAUUUUAUAUAUAUAAUAAUGUGGUUGUGAUGUGUGUUAUUAAUAAAAGAAAAUGAGAGAACCACUGAAAGGGAAUAGAUGCUUUGCUAAUAAAAUAUAGAGUUGCACUGGCAUAAAAUAUUUAGGCAUAAAAUACCAUCAUUUCCAAUUUUUAAUAGGAGUUCAGUGGGCAGUGAUGAACCUGUAAUCUGUGAUGUUGAAUUUUUUAAUAUUAUAUGAAAGAUAAUAGCAAACCGUCUGGCAUUGCUGCUAUAAAUAGUAUUAGCAAAACCAGGAAAAUGUUUCUGCAGCCAUACUAAUAUUCCAACAUAUACACUUAUUUUCAACAUAAAUAGUUCAAUAUUUUGGAUUUUGGAAAUACUAAACACUUUAAUAAAGGCUACGGGAGCUUUAUUA